AUGUGGCUGCUCAUUGGAUGUUUGAUCCUGCUUCUUGCAUGGGAUUAUAGACGCAAACGAUGUCAAAAUAAAACAUUUAAGAAGUCCAGGAUUUCUGGACCCCCUUUGAUUCCAAUUUUUGGGAAUGUUCUUCAGCUCAUGUUCUUAAACCCGGAGAAUAUGCUUCAAUUUUUCGGCAACCAAUUUAAUAAAUAUGGCGAUUCUUUUCGGUUGUGGGCGUUAGGCGAGUGCGCUAUUUACACCAAGGAUAUUAAGAUCUUUGAGGCUCUUCUUAGCAGUAAUACCCUGCUGGAAAAGGCUCAACUCUACAGAUUUGUAAGACAUUUUCUUGGCGAUGGAAUCCUCUUAAGCACGGGUAGAAAAUGGAAUACGCGGAGAAAGGCUAUCGCUCCAGCCUUUCACUUCAAGUGCCUCGAAAACUUUGUGGAGAUAAUGGACAAACACAGUGGAGUGAUGGUGGAAAAACUGAGGGAAGUUGCGGAUGGUAAAACAUCUGUGAAUGUAUUCAAAUAUAUUUCUAAAGAAGCCCUGGAUGUGAUAACAGAGACGGCCAUGGGUGUACAAGUAAAUGCCCAGCAUAACGCCGACUUUCCAUAUACUAGAGCGCUCAAGAGUGUGGUUUAUAUUGAAUCGAAUCGGAUGGCAAGUUUUUUGCAACGUUUUGAUUGGCUCUUUCCCCUGGCGACUCCUCGUGUUUAUCGGCGCCUAAAAAAUGAUAUUCGCACAAUGCAAGAGUUUACCGACCAGGUGAUUCGUGAACGGAGAUCUGUUUUGGAGAGGUCAAAAGCAGACGGAACCUACCAACCACUUUUUUUGGGAGAUGAGGACACUGGUCACAAAUCGAAGAUAUCACUUAUAGACAUCCUGCUCCAGGCCACUAUUGAUGAUAAGCCACUAAGCGAUGUGGAUAUCCGCGAGGAAGUGGAUACAUUUGUAUUCGCUGGUACUGAUACCACUACCAGUGCAGUUUCCCAUGCUUUACAUGUGAUUUCAAGGUAUCCCAAGGUGCAGGAUCUUAUUUACAAGGAGUUGAUCGAUGUGCUGGGCCAGGAUCCCAAUGCUCCGGUGACCCAAUCGCAACUACUUUCUCUCAAGUAUCUCGACUGCGUGAUCAAGGAGGCAAUGCGAUUGCAUCCACCUGUUCCGCUAAUUGGAAGACACAUCCCAAAAGACCUGCAGAUUGGUGAGAAAACCAUUCCCGGCGACACCGACAUUAUGCUCGUAUCAUACUUUGUCUUCCGAGAUCCGGAGUACUUCCCCGAUCCGCUGACUUUCAAGCCCGAACGAUGGUUGAAUGAGGAAAAGGUCACCCAUCCUAAAAUUGCGUAUAUUCCAUAUAGUGCUGGACCCAAAAACUGCAUUGGCCAAAAGUAUGCCAUCCUCCAGAUGAAAACGCUGAUCAGUAAAGUUAUACGUCACUACGAACUUCUUCCGAUGGGUGGAGAGCUCAAUCCAACAUACACAUUUAUAUUAAGUUCAUCCACCGGAAACCAUCUUGGUCUAAAACCAAGGAUAAUGUUGGGUUCAAAUAGCAAUUAGUAGUCCUAUAUACUUGCAUUAAAUCUUAUUAAUUUUUUUUCAGCAAGGGACGCAAUGGGCUGAAUGAAUUUUAAAUAUUUAGGUAACAGAGAGCUUGCAAAGCUUAAGACUUUUGUUUUUUACAUAUGAACCAAUGUAUUGCUAUUGAUAUAAUAAAUAAAAUCUUGCUACAUACAUAUAUAAAAAAUAGAAUAAAAUGGUGAAAAUACAAAAACCUGCA